UUUCUUUGUUUGAAAAGGGGAAGACACCUAAGAUUAUCAACCUAAGGGAAAUACAAGAUGACAUGCAGACAUUGUAUAUAAACACAGCGUCUGAUAGUUUUGAGUUCAAGGCUCACGUUGAAGGAGACGGUGUAGUGGAAGGGGUUAUCCGGUACCAUCCCUUCUUAUAUGAUAGAGAAACCUUUCCUGAUGACCCAUGCUUUCCAUCAAAGCUAAAGGAUGAAGACGACGAUGAUGACUGUUUCAUAUCCGAGAAAGCAGCUCGAGGGAAGAGGCCGAUCUUUGAAUGUUUUUGGAAUGGACGGCUAAUACCAUAUACAUCAGUAGGAGACUUUGACUGGUGUGCUCCUCCUAAGAAGAGAGGGCUUGUCCCAAUUGAGUGCUUUAAUAGAAUAUCUGGUGCAUUAUUCACUAACGACAAAUUUCAGGUCAGCACAAAUAAACUGACAUUUAUGGAUCUUGAGCUGAAAUUGAAAGAUAAGAACACCCUCUUUACAAGAAUCUUAAAUGGACAGGAGCAGAGAAUGAAAAUUGACAGAGAAUUUGCUUUAUGGCUGAAGGAUUGUCAUGAAAAGCAUGACAAACAAAUAAAAUUCACGCUUUUUAAAGGAAUAAUUACCCGUCCAGAUCUUCCCACUAAAAAGCAAGGUCCCUGGGCAACAUUUUCAGCAAUAGAAUGGGACGGGAAAAUAUACAAAGCAGGCCAAUUGGUCAAGACGAUCAAGACACUUCCUCUCUGUUAUGGAAGCAUUGUAAGGUUUUUCCUUCAUGGUGAUCAUGAUGGAGAAGUGUAUGCUACGGGAGGAGAAGUUCAGAUUGCCAUGGAACCCCAGGCACUGUAUGAUGAAAUAAAAACUGUGCCCAUUGCAAAGCUGGAUAGGACAGUAGCCGAGAAAACAAUUAGGAAAUAUGUAGAAGAUGAAAUGGCAAGGCUCCCUGAUAGAUUGUCUGUAACUUGGCCUGAAGGAGAUGAAUUAUUGCCAAAUGAAGUUAGGCCUGCUGGAACACCAAUCGGUGCAUUAAGAAUUGAAAUUCUAAACAAAAAGGGGGAAGCAAUGCAGAAGCUCCCAGGGACAAGUCAUGGAGGGUCAAAGAAGCUGCUGGUGGAACUUAAAGUCAUACUGCACACUUCAAGUGGAAAUAAAGAAAUCAUUUCACAUAUCAGUCAGCAUGGAGGGAAAUGGCCUUACUGGUUUAAAAAAAUGGAAAAUAUCCAGAAACUGGGUAAUUACACAUUGAAAUUACAAGUCGUAUUGAAUGAAAGUAAUGCAGAUACCUAUGCAGGAAGAUCACUACCGUCCAAAGUAAUUAAAUUUUCUGUUAAAGAGGGCAAGCCAGAAAAGUUUUCGUUUGGUCUUCUGGACUCUCCUUUCCGUGUUGGAGUUCCAUUUAAUAUUCCUCUGGAGUUACAGGAUGAAUUUGGUCAUACUACCCAACUAUUGUCUGAUAUUGAGCCAGUUCUUGAAGCAAGUGGUCUGUCUUUACAGUAUGAAGGAAUAACCAAAGGCCCGAAUUGUGUAAUUCAAGGUGUCGUAGCUAAAGGUCCAGUUAACUCUUGCCAGGGCAAGAAUUUUAAUCUGAAGGUAAUUCUUCCUGGUUUAAAAGAAGACUCACAGAUUUUGAAGAUUAGAUUGCUACCUGGUCCCCCUCAUCAACUAAAAGUGAAACCUGACUCCGAAGUUCUGGUUAUAGAGAAUGGAACAGCUUUCCCAUUUCAGGUGGAAGUUGUGGAUGAGUCAGACAACAUAACAGCACAACCAAAGCUGAUCGUCCACUGUAAGUUUCUAGGUGCUCCAAACCUACCAGUCUAUACUGUGGAUUGCAGUAGUUCUGGAACUAGCAUCCUAACAGGGUCACCCAUUCAAGUUCAGAACAUUAAGAAAGACCAGAAGACACUGACCGCCAGGAUUGAGAUACCUAGCUGUAAAGAUGUGUCGCCUGUUGAAAAGACUAUCAAGUUACUUCCCAGUAGCCACGCUGCUUGCCUGCAGAUCUUUAGUGUAGAGGAGCAAAAGGCGAUCCAGAUCAAACAUCAGGAUGAGGUUAAUUGGGUAGCAGGUGAUGUAAUACGCAAUCUAAUUUUUCAAAUGUAUGACGAAGGAGAAAGAGAAAUCAAUAUUACACCAUCCUUAGCAGAAAAAAUUAAGGUUAAUUGGACACCUGAGGUGAACAAAGAACAUUUGGUACAAGGUCUCCUUCCUGAUGUGCAAGUACCAACAUCUGUGAAAGAUGUGCGCUACUGCCAGGUAUCUUUCCAGGAUGACCAUGUGUGUCUGGAGAGCGCCUUUACAGUAAGACCACUUCCUGAUGAUCCCAAACAUUUAAAAUGUGAAUUAAAAGGAGGAAAAACAGUGCAGAUGGGCCAAGAGCUUCAAGGAGAAGUAGUUGUAAUAAUUGCAGAUCAGUAUGGAAAUCAGAUUUCAUCAUUUUCACCUGAUUCCUUAUCUACUUUGUCGAUUUCUGGAGAUGGGCUUGACAGCUCAAACUUGAAAAUCACCUUGGAGGCUAACUCACAGAGCGUAAGUGUGCAAGGCAUCAGGUUUACUCCAGGGCCUCCGGGACCCAAGGAUCUGUGUUUUACUUGGCGAGAGUUUUCUGACUUUCUUCGCGUGCAACUGGUGUCUGGACCUCCAGCCAAGUUGCUGCUUAUGGACUGGCCAGAGCUGAAAGAGUCCAUCCCUGUGAUUAAUGGAAGACAAUUAGAGAACCCUCUCAUUGUUCAACUCUGUGAUCAGUGGGAUAAUCCUGCUUUAGUCCCAAACGUUAAAAUAUGUCUCAUAAAAGCAAGCAGCUUAAGGCUAGUACCUUCAAACCAGCAGCAUAAAACAGAUGAUAAGGGCAGAGCUAAUUUGGGGGUGUUCACUGUUUGUGCUCCAAGGGGAGAACACACUGUGCAGGUUAAAGGUGUCUAUAAUAAGAGCACUAUAGAAGGGCCUACAAUUAAGUUAACAAUUCUUCCAGACCCUGAAAAGCCCAUUCGCCUCAAUGUUAAAUACGACCAAGAUGCCUCUUUUAUAGCAGGGGACAUAUUCACUGAUUUUAUGGUUAGUGUGAUUUCUGAAAGUGGUAGUGUCAUCAAAAAUAUUAAUCCAACACGUAUUUCCAUGAAAAUGUGGAAGCUGUCCAGCGGCAUGAGCCGGCCACCAGCAAAUGCAGAAACCUUUAGUUGUAAUAAAAUAAAAGGUAACGACAAGGAAGAUGGCUGCUUCUAUUUCAGGGAGAAAACUAUCCCUAACAAGGUGGGAGCAUAUUGUAUCCAGUUUGAUUUCAUGAUUGAUAAAACAAAUAUUCUCAGCAGCCAACAGGUUAUAGUUGAUGUUCUCCCCAACCAGCCUAUGAAGUUGGUUCCUGACAGCCAACCAGCUACCCCAGCUGUUUCUAACGUCCGUUCAAUUGCCAGCAGGACCUUGGUCAAAGACCUACGCCUGAGUAUUACAGAUAAUUAUGGUAAUCAUACUGGAAUGGAUCUGGUUGGCACUGUAGUAGCAACCAUUAAAGGCUUUAAUGAGGAGGACACUGAUACCCCACUCUUCAUCGGGAAGGUUAGGACACUUGAGUUUCCCUUUGUGAAAGGUUCUGCUGAAAUCACGACUCUAGUGCUGGCAGAAAAUAGUCCUGGAAGGGAUAGUACUGAAUACUUUAUUAUCUUUGAGCCUCGGCUGUCAACUGUAUCAGGAACAUUGGAAUCCUAUAGCCUGCCAUUUAUGUUUUACAAUGAUGUUAAGAAGCAGCAACAAAUGGCAGCGCUUACGAAGGAGAAGGACGAGUUAUCCAAGUCCAUCACUAUGUACAGAAGUCUCUUCGAUGCCAACAAGCAGCUUGUGGAUGAAAUGAAAUGCCAAGCUGAAGAAGCAAAGUUAAAAGAGACCCAGCUACGAAAUGAACUAAAAGCGUACAAUAUUGAUAUUCCUGCUACACAACAGACAACUCAUAUUGAAGCACUUUUGGAAAAAAAGAUAACAGAACAGAACGAGCUUAAAAAGAGGCCCAGAAGGUUGUGUACUCUUCCAAACUACACUAAACGCAGUGGAGAUAUUUUGGGAAAGAUUGCACAUCUAGCACAAAUUGAAGAUGAUCGAGCUGCUAUGGUUAUCUCUUGGCAUCUGGCAAGUGACAUGGACUGUGUGGUUACCCUAACCACUGAUGCUGCGCGCGCUAUCUAUGACGAAACUCAAGGUCGCCAGCAAGUGUUGCCCCUUGAUUCUAUUUACAGGAAAACCCUUCCAGAUUGGAAAAGACCUCUACCUCAUUUCCGAAAUGGUAAAUUACACUUUAAGCCCUUUGGAAAUCCAGUCUUUGCCCGAGAUUUGUUAACAUUCCCAGAUAAUAUUGAACAUUGUGAAACAGUUUUUGGUAUGCUGUUAGGAGACACCAUUAUUUUGGAUAAUCUAGAUGCAGCCAAUCAUUAUAGAAAAGAGGUUGUUAAAAUCACACACUGCCCCACACUCCUGACUAGAGAUGGAGAUAGAAUUAGAAGUAAUGGGAAGUUUGGGGGUCUUCAGAAUAAAGCUCCGCCAAUGGACAAACUUCGGGGAAUGGUCUUCGGAGCUCCAGUACCAAAGCAGUGUGUGGUCUUGGGGAAACAAAUAGAUCUUAUUCAGCAGUAUCGCACUGCUCUGUACAGGCUGAGCUCUGUGAACGAGGACUUGGACAAUCAGCUGCAGUACCUUCACACUCCUGAUAUGAAGAAGAAAAAGCAAGAGCUUGAUGAACAGGAAAAAAGUCUGAAGCGAAUAGAGCAGAAGCUCGGAAUGACUCCUGUGCGCAGGUGUAAUGAGUCACUUUGUCACUCACCAAAGAUUGAGGUGACAGAGUGCCCAAUCCCUACUAAGAGAAUGAGAAGAGAAUCCACCAGACAGAAUAGAAGGCCAAAAGGUGACGUACCAAACUGAGCAUUUCUGAAGACUGUGAUAAUCCUGGCAAGAAUUUCCUGUUCCUCCAAAUGGGCCUGGAAGCCACUGAAGCUAUUCAACUUUCAGAAUCUCAUGGGGCGGCACACAUUUCCUGGGUCAUUGCAGUCACCGGGCCCUCGGUGGCUGGCUUGUACACUUUUACCCAGUGGUGGUCACCCCAGCCCUGGGACAUUUGCUGCCCUGAAGACAUAACUUCCGUUCCUCAACAUGAUCGUGAACAUAUUAGAACUGUUUCUUAAAACAGCCCUUUUUAUUGCCUUUUUCUGAACUUAUUUAACAAACAUGCUUUGUCUUUUGUGUAAGGAAAAUUCUAGAACUAGAUAUUUAACUGUAAAUAUAUGUGGAAAGUUGAAUUCUGCAUUAAAACAGAGAAAGCACAGUUGUCUGGGAAUUUAAAUGUUCAGAUACACAAAAACAUUGGUGAGAAUAGGGUAGCCUAAAGAUUGUGUCCUGUGUGGGUUGGUGAUAGGACAGCCUAAAGACUGUAUCUUGUAUAUAAGUAAGAUAUGCAGCAGCACUUGGCUUUAAUUCUACAUUUGCAUUAUUUUCUAAUUUUUUACAACUAUUUUUAAGAGAUAAAGAAAACACGAAUUCAAAGAGUUUGUUAGGGAUCUGUUGUAUAAACAUCUAAACUGUGCAUUUAUUCACACUAACAUACGCUGUGUGUGUCUCUGUAAGUGCAAGACUUUUGCUCUGUGAAUUUAUUUUGUAAGGAAUACUUUUGGUACAAUUUUCUGUUCCAGGAAAUGUGUGUUUUUAAUCCUUCCUGAUUAUGCAGCAAGGUUAAUAAACAACAAUCAUUUCUCCUCCCAAAAAAA